AUGGGUGUGGCUAAAAUACCUGAACUCGUACGACUAGUAAACGGCAGGACCAGAUGUGAGGGCCGGAUUGAGGUGCAGCACAAUGGUACAUGGGGAACGGUGUGUGAUGACGACUGGGACAUGGUGGACGCCAACGUGGUGUGCCGGCAGCUGGAAUGUGGCUUGGCUGUGGCUGUGGCCACCAGUUCCCGCUUUGGCCAGGGCUCAGGGCCCAUCCUUCUAGAUAAUGUGGAUUGCAAAGGGGGAGAGAGAGACCUGAGGCAGUGUGGCAACCAAGGCUGGGGCAUUCACAACUGCUACCACUAUGAGGAUGUGGCUGUCAUUUGCAAAGGUAACACAAUAAUAGGGUCUCGUGGAAUUCCUGAGGAGCCCAGCACACCAGCUCGCAGGAACUCUGGUCUACGAGAUGGUACAAUCCGCCUAGUGGGUGGUUUGGGCCGCUGUCAGGGCCGGGUGGAAAUCUACUACCGGGGCAGCUGGGGAACAGUGUGCGAUGAUGACUGGGGCUUGAAGGAUGCGGCAGUGGUAUGCCGGCAGGUUGGAUGUGGCCCUGUUGUCACUUAUACCAGCAAUGCCUACUUCGGUUAUGGCAAGGGACUCAUCUUGCUGGACAACGUGCACUGCAGUGGCAUGGAGAACCAUCUGGCCACCUGCUACAGCCUCGGCUGGGGAAUCCACAACUGUGGCCAUCAUGAGGAUGCAGGGGUCAUAUGCACAGGAUUGGCCACCACCACAACUGCUCCACCUCAAAACACAGAGACCAGAGGGUUUUUGUUUCCUUUAGAGACAGGAGUGACUAUUAGAGUUACUGAGACGACAACGACUAGAUCCAGCACAUCCCUAACCACAAGAGAGCAGCCCUCAAUCCGUUUGGUGAGUGGCAACAGCAGCUGCCAGGGCCGCGUCGAGGUCUUCCACAACAACAUCUGGGGUACGGUGUGUGAUGACGACUGGGACAUGGAGAACGCUCAGGUGGUGUGCAGGCAGCUCGGAUGCGGCCCAGCCAUGGCAGCCAUCCCGCUGGCUUACUUUGGCUACGGUUCUGGUCCCAUCCUGCUCGACAACGUUGACUGUGAAGGCACUGAAAGAGUCCUGGCAGACUGUUUCAACUUGGGCUGGGAACAGCACAACUGUGGACAUCAUGAAGAUGCCGGGGUCAUCUGUUCAAGUGCCUUGAGGCUAUCAGGAGGUCGGCACCGCUGCGAGGGCAGGGUAGAGCUGUACCAGCACGGUUGGGGCACAGUAUGUGACGAUGCCUGGGACCUCCCGGAUGCCCAAGUAGUUUGCAGGCUGCUGGGCUGUGGUGAUGCCGUGGCCGCUCGAGGGGAGUCCUUUUUUGGACCGGGUGUUGGCACCAUUGUCAUGGACAACGUAAAAUGCACUGGCACAGAGGCAUCGCUGCAGCAGUGCUCCCAUAUACCAUGGAACGUGCACAACUGCGAUCAUUCAGAGGAUGCUGGUGUAACAUGCUCUCUCUUAUGA